GGGACUUUCUAUCUGCCUUCCACAAUCAUGGAUGAUAAGGGGACUAAGGGCCGUGCGCAAAGCUUGAUCAAAUCAAUUGAGACUUUCAGGGUUCCGCCGCGCUGGCUAUUCGUACGCGUAGAGACAACGGACGGUAUCGUCGGAUGGGGGGAAGGUACACUUGAAGGUCACACUGAAGCCGUAGAGGGAGUCUAUCAAGAAUUUAGAGAUCGCUUUAUUGGAUCCGAUGCUGAUAAUAUUGAAGACAUUUGGCAAAAUGGAUAUCGAGGUGGCUUCUAUCGUGGCGGACCAGUCUUGAUGUCCGCUCUUUCAGGGCUCGACAUCGCACUCUGGGAUAUCAAAGGAAAGAAACUCGGUGUGCCAAUCUGGCAGCUCUUAGGUGGUAAAGUUCGCGAUCGUGUGCGAGUAUACGGCUGGAUAGGCGGAGACAAUGUCACAGAUGUCAUUGAAGGUGCAAAGAAUAGGAAAGCGCAAGGAUUCACCGCUGUCAAGAUGAAUGCUGCUGAACCCAUGUCAUGGUUAGACUCUCCAAGGGUCCUUGAGGCUGCAGUGGAACACGUUGCUCAAGUGAAGUCCUUAGACUUGGAUGUUGGCAUCGAUUUCCAUGGUCGCCUUCACAAGCCCAUGGCGAAGCAACUUGCAAAGAUGCUUGAGCCGCUCCAUCCUCUAUUUAUUGAAGAACCCUUGCUUCCUACGCAGCCGGAGGAAAUUGCUGACUUGGCACAUGCGACCUCGUGUCCAGUUGCAGUAGGGGAAAGACUAUACACCAGACACGAUUUCAGACCCUACUUGGAACGCAGGGCUAUUGAUAUAGCUCAGCCAGAUGUUGCUCACUGCGGAGGUAUCAGCGAGCUGCACCGUAUUGCUGCAAUGACUGAGACGUACGAUGUUGCACUUGCUCCUCACUGUCCUCUUGGUCCAAUUGCAUUAGCAGCAUGUAUACAAGUCGGAAUCUCCACCGCAAACUACGUCAUCCAAGAAAUGAGUUGGCAGAUUCAUUAUAAUCAAGGAGCUGAUUUGUUUACGUAUCUUUUGGACUCUGCUGUGUUCGACAUUGAGGAUGGCUGCAUCAAGGCCCUCGAAGGCAAUGGACUUGGUAUUGAAGUUGACGAGGUCAGGGUCAAACUGGCUGCAGAAUCAUACCGAACAGAAAAGGCUUGGAGGAACACAGUACCAAGAGGACCAGACAAUUGCUUGCGAGAAUGGUAGGGAUUGAAUUAUUAGACAGUCAGAAGAGAGACACCGGAGAAUAAAUAAAUAAAUGAAAAAAGUAAAGAAAUAAACUAGGGCACGUGACGUUGCUGACCACGUCACGACGCUGGGACGCGAGGCUCGAGCGCGUUGUCAGUGUUGAGUAAACGCAACGACGACGACUACCACCAUACCUCCCUGUUAACGAUGGCGAGGACGACGCGAACUACCUCACGAUGUCUGCGGCGGGCUAUAUCGACCUUUUCCUCAGCACCAAUUCUCCUUCUUGCACUCAUAGUAAUUCUCGCACGACCUGCACACGGCAUAAAAUUCCACCUUCCAGCUUACAAGAACCCACCAUCAAAAUGUAUAUGGAACAGCGUACAUCCUGACCAACUCGUUAUUGUGACGGCCAACCUCGGAAGCGGAGACAAGCAGCGCGUAGACGUGGAAAUCGUGGAUUCGAGUCCACAGAAGAACCAGUAUCUCAGUAAGAAGGGAAUCAACGGGGAAACGAGACUCGCUGUUACUGCGCAUGCUGAAGGCGAGGUUGGAGUGUGCUUCCGAAAUUAUCUUGACAAAGACCAGCCUCAGGAAGAUACACCCAGCCGUUCACGGAUCAUUGACCUUGACAUCGAUAUUGGUGCAGAUGCCGUUGAUUACAAUGCUAUUGCCGCUCAAGAAUCACUAUCUGGACUCGAAACGGAAAUGCGGAAGCUCGAAGGCAUAGUCAAGGAAAUUGUGGAAGAGAUGGACUACCUGAAGAGGCGGGAACAGAGGUUCUCCAGUACCAACGAGUCAACCAACAAACGUGUUCAGAACUUU